UGUGUGUGUGUGUGUGUGUGUGUGUGUGUGUGUGUGUGUGUGUGUGCGCGUGCGGUACAGUAGGUGUGGCUGGCCGUUGAGUCGUUGGAUCUGGUGAGUCAGUGCAGGUCAUCUGAGCUGAACAAAUGUAAUGUCUGUCAGGUGUUGCUGAGUAAUUGCGCCUGAUCACAUUUUGACACUUUUCAUUGCAUGCUCAUAAUCACGUUGGACAUGCACGCGCAUGGCAGUCAAGCUUGGUAUCCAGGGGCGUGCUGCACGCAGCUGCUUUUACUGUCAGUUAAACGAUUUGCUCGAUUAACUGGUCCACAAAAUGCCAAACAUCUUAAAAUAGCGCUCCAGACUAGACGAAAACCCCCCAAUUGUGUUCCGGAUUUCAAGAUCCGGAUUUCUGCUUUUGUAUAAUCCUUUAAGAUCAUUUUAUUUAUUUAUUAAAUUUUACAUAAAAGUGAUUGUAGGGAGUGUUGAAACUACUUGGGUGAAGAUUGUUUGAUGAAACAACGAACUGUAUUUUUAUUUUUUUUUAUUAAGGAGCUAUUCACCGUUUUCACACCUCAAAGUUAACUCAAAUGCCAGAGGAAGAACUACCGAGCCUGUCUUUAGCAGCUCUGGGGUGAACUUUGAUAAAUCUGAGAACAAAGUAAAGCAUUUACCAGGCAGAACAAAAGAUGCUGCAGUGCUGUAAUAAGUCUGUAACAAGUUCCCCCAACGAUUAAGAAGAACAUGACUAAACCUCUCAGACAUGCCACACAUUGGUCUAAGAGAUUUACUAUCAGUUUCUGCCAGACUGUGUUGUGCUUGCACACAGAUGAAGCAGAUAUGUAAAGGUGCUGUAGGUGGGUUUCACUUCAUUACCUUGGAUGUGGUAUAAGUCAACUAAUAUCGCUGCUGUGAUCUGUACAUUCUGUUUUCCUGCACACAAACUGAUGAUUGCUCUGUUUAUAUUAUCCUGCCACGUUUCAAAGCUAAGGUACUUGAUAGAAAUGUAAAGACAGUUGAAAUGACAUUUGUCAAUGUAGUUUUGCCAAAGAUGCCACAGCUUCGCCGCUGCUUGUCUUUAUAAUGGCUAAGCCAGAUGUUUUCUGAUGCCCAAAAUGGUUUAUUGUGCACAUGGGUGCAUGUGUGGGGAGUGUGCUACUGUCAGAGCUGACCUCUGUGGCAUCGUUUUCAUUUUUCCAUUACACCAAGACUUUCUGCAGAGCGCCUCUGUAUCUUUGACCUAUUUAAAUAGCAGCAGACUAACACAUCAGAAGCACAACCCACUAAUUUUUUCAAAGCAGUUUCAAAAUGAAACAUUUUCUUACCCAUGAACUCAAAAAUAGAUUCACUGGAGAUUCAUCGGCACGGUGAAGACAUAGUCUGUGUUUGUCUUCUGUUCCUCUGAGCGGGUUGUCUGAAUAUUUUCAUGGAAAUGUUGAUAAUUUCCAUCUCCUGAAGGCUUCCGAGCCAGGACGAGCCCGUAAAAAAGUACUGGCAGGGCGCACGGCCAUUCAGUCUUGAUUAUGUAUUUUAUAUGACUGUCACGUUAUAAUUUUUGGUCUUGUAUAAAAAGAUCAGUCACAGAUGUGGCCUAGUUUGCCAUCAUAUUACCUUUGUGGCCUCAUUACAUUCAAGUUUUUCCAUAGAUUCAAAUCUGGUAAAGUAAGGAUCUUCCAAAUGGAUCUAUUAAUUUAUUUGAUUAUUUAUUUUACUGGGUGCAUCCAACUUUGGAGUUUGUCUUUGUGAUUACUUCACAUUUAGUCGACAGAGAUGCAAAAGAGGCUCCGUCAACAGUGAAAGUUCCUUUGGCAACUUAAGGAGGACAAGAAUAUAAAUGAAGCCAUAAGCCUUGUGGUUACCCAUUAGAAAAAUAAAUACUAUGAGAUGUUUGCCAAUUGAUAAAAUGUAAUUGAAAGUCUAUAGAGCUGAGGCUCUCUGAGCUGAAUGAGCCUCAACUGUGUUGAGGAAUCAGUCAGCAGCUUGGUGAUUCACACGCAUGGCAUCGUUUCAAUGAACACAUCUCACCAUCUUUCUCCCCCUCCUCUCAUCUUCUUUCUUCCCUCCCUCGCUCCCUGCCUUUCCUCCCUCUCCUCUCUCCUUGCUCCUCUCUCUUCUCUGGCCAAUGGAAAUGUGCGUGUGUGCAGAUCAUGAGUGCAGUCUGUAAUUUUUGGCUGUGGUGGAGGGCCUCAGCUCAGCCUCGGGCUUCAGGGUUUGCUGCACAGCCUCAAUCACGUCACAUGAAAAACUGCUGAGUGCGAGUGGUCUAUUUCUUCCUGCGUGUGUGCGCGGAUGCAUGCUUGUGUGCGCUUGAACACUAAAUGAAAGAUGAUUUAUCUUCCACAUCUGCCUGUCUUUGCCUCCUGUUGCUCCCUUCACAUGUUGUCUCUCUUUGUCCAUCCCACUCGAAUCUUUCUCUUCCUAACUGUCCGUCUGUCCUCAGUGAUAUGUGAUAUCGACAGCAUGCCGUACGUGGACCGGUUGAACCGUGUGUGCGGCUUCCUGGACAUCGAAGAGAAGGAGAACAGCUGCCGCUUCCAGAGACGAUACUUCAUCCUUGACACGCAGGGAAAUGCACUGCUGUGGUAUAUGGACAACCCUCAGAACCUGCCCAGUGGAGCCAGCUCUGUUGGCAGCCUGAAAUUAACCUACAUCUCUAAGGUGAGUGAAGCUACAACGAAGCAAAAGCCCAAGACAGAGUUCUGUUUUGUCAUCAAUGCACUUUCGCGACGGUACUUCCUGCAAGCCAAUGAUGUGACUGACAUGAGAGACUGGGUGGCUGCUCUCAACAAGGCCAGCAAGAUAACAGUGCCUAAGUCUUGCCCUGCACCUGUGAGGCCUGAUGUGACCACAGUGAUCAGUGACGCUCAAGGAGGGAAGAGACAACAGGCCUACAAGGCUGAGAUUAUUGGCGGCGUGGUAGUGCACACUCCUAUUCAGAACGACAAUGAAGAGACGGAAGGGAGAGAGAGGAAGGGCAACAGGCCGGGUUUGCUGAGAUGUGGUUACUGUGUUAAACAGGGAAAUGUGAGGAAGAGCUGGAAGAGGCGGUUUUUCACCCUGGAUGACAACGCAGUCAAUUACUACAAGACUGAGUCGGAGAAAGAUUUUAUCCGAUCUAUUCCACUGAGGGACAUUCAGAAGGUGCAUGAAUGCCUCGUCAAGUCAGGGGAGCUCCUGCUUAGAGACAACCUCUUUGAGAUCAUCACCAGUAACCGAACGUUCUACAUUCAGACAGACUCGCCAGAGGAAAUGCAUGGUUGGAUCAGGGACAUUCAGAUGAAGAUCCAGGAUUUCAGGGGUCCCUCUAAGGGUUUUUCUUUUAAACGUGCUUCUUCGUGCUAUCGGAGUUACAAUCCUUCCUCUACAUCUCGUGGUUCGCAGAGUGAAGCAGAUAAGAGACCUCAGCUGGUGAAGUCCUGCUCUGUGGCGCCAGGAUGGCAGCCCUGGACACCCGUUCCAUCGUGUGAACCGUCUAUCAUGGAUAACGAGGAUGAGGACAGCGCCUUCAGCUCUGUGCCACUCUCCUCUUCGUCCACCUCCUCAUCUGCUUCCUCCUCCUCAAACUCCCUCUCUACCCAAAAUCCUUGCCCCAUCACACAUCCGGCACCUUCGGCCAGUGGACUGGGGAUGCUCACAGCAUCUGCAGAUGCGGCGAGCGGGCGUCGAAGGCACCGCUCGCAGCCUCAGCCUCAAACCGGCUGCAGCUUUCCCUUCAGCCUGGAUGACGACAGCAUCCGCACCACAGACGUGUAAUCCAGAGAUGUUUGAGGAGACUCCUGCGUGGGCUGUGCUGACACCUGUUUUUAAAUGAAUGUGACUCCUAUUGAAGGGCCACUGUGACCAUCUGCCUCAAUGCCAGGCCAUGAGCUUGGUGCCCCCUACUGGUGAAGUAGCACUUAUACAGAUGAAGGAUGCACCCGGCUGCAGGAAGGCUAAGAGGCAUAGUGUUUGUUGUACACAGGACUGUGAACAGAUAAGACGGAGUGUUUUCUUUUUCCUUUUUUUGUAAGUGUAACUUCCUCUGAAAACUUGAAUGAUUUUGUUGAUUAUUGCCGACUGUAAAAUGAUGGCACACACUUUUCACUCUGUUGCUUUGCUUCUAUCAGCAGGACCCCAUUAUCACCCCAGUUACAAGUGUUCACAUUCACAAUAUAUUUUUAUGUCCAAGCUUGUUUUUGUGUUUAAAUGUAUCAGACGGUUGUGUUUCUUUUUUUUUUUUCUUUUUCUUUUCGGGCCAACAGUGUUUUCCUUCUUUGCUCUUGAGGGGCAUCACGUGUGGAAAAACUUCACAUAAUAAUUAACAAGCAUUUUAUACCUGUUGUCUUUCAUGUGUUUCGCCAUGAAAACCCUCAGAGGCAAGUAAAGGGGGAAAAAAAUCUGGUGAUCCAUUUCUAAACCUGCUCUAUGUUGUUUCUGCUCUUGUUUGUAUGAAUUAAGAAUGGCUAACAUUUUUUUACAUUUCAUUCACUUUUUGCUAAAUGUCAUCUAUUUGCUCUGUCUUUCUGAAAGGCAGAGCAAUAGUCAUUUUAGCCACAUUACGCCAACACUCCAUUUUUAAAGCAGACAAAGCCAGACAUGUUUUCCCUUUAGUUGGAUUAUUGUGUCUUAAAGGGAGCACACAAGUUCACCCAUAGCUCGACACGCCUUCCACAACAGCAACUCUAAGGUACUAGGAAGAUUGUACAGUUGAUGCGAAGAAGAGUAACACUAAUGACUGUGUGCACGAUAACAUCUGUAUCAACACAAUUUACUUCAGCUUGUGUCCGCUGGCAUGUUUUUUUGCAGCAUGCUGGGAAAACCCAACCCACCUACGUACGUCAAAAGAAAAGCAAGAUGGGAACUUUAGAUAAGUUCUUAAGACAUAAUAUAUGUGCUUUGUCUUUAAGAGUGGAUUAAGAAAUUAACAUCAAUGCUUUUAGCUUAGAACAUGGCACAGUGGGACCUGUCACCCUCUCAUGGCCAAUAUAAGUAUUACAGAAAUGGCAAAGGGCAGGAUUUUUAUUUUUUUUUUACUUGUUUUCAGUGAAAAAAACCCCAUAGAAAAGCAUGUUUUUCUCACAAAAGGUUUUUCUUCCAGCUGUUUUCCAACAUGAGAAGAAAGUGAGUUGGAAAAAUGGUUCUGACACUGGCAGCCUUUGCCUCUUUUUUUUAAAUGUGCCAGAGCAUUUUAGGGGGAAAAUUUAAUUUAGAAAAUUAACCUUGCCAAACCAGCCCUUGUUUUUCAUAAACCCGGGAUGGAGAACAAGUUAGAGUUUGCAAAUGGAUCUCCGCAAUUUUUUGUUCUUGCUUGCCUCUCAGGGCUUUCGUAUCCACCACUAUUAAUAUUAAUACUUGGCUUAAAGAUCAAUUUUCAGUAAGCUGUGACUCUUCCGUUUGGUUUGAACACGGUACCAUACUAAUGCUGCAGUGUUUUCAUGGUACUAAUUUAGCUCAGUUGUUGGUAAAGCAGUUUUCUUUUUGCAGAAUUAUGUGGGAAGAUUUGCGACUGCCUUGGGUAAUGUUAUCUGCACUUUGUUUCUUAUUUUUACUUGUGUUUUUUUUCUUGUUUUGUCACAGCUUUCACACCAUGUACUACAGUUUCCUCUUAGAUUAUGCCUUUUGUUUUUUUACACCCUUAUUAGGUUCACCUUGAGAUUUCAUUGAUGUGGUACCAGGUUUAUUCCUGUUUCCGUUUUCUGAAGCUAUGUGCACUCAUCUGCCUGCAAUUAAGCUUAAUUUUCUUUCUUGUGAAUAAAACAAGGCUUUUUAUUUGUCUAGUUUAGGCUGUUUUUGAUUUUUAAGGUUUACGAUUUUCCCACUUUCUGCCAUGUAAUGCCUUGUAUGCCCAUACAGAGUUUAAACCUAAAUACAUUGUAACGUUAAGGUUAUCUUUUGAUCGAAGUGAUGCUGGUGAGUCUUAAAAACUUUUUAUGUGUUUUCUCUGUAAAGGGCGAAAAUCCCCAACUUCCAAAUAUUCAAAGGGUCAGUGCCAGCACACUUGCCCUUUAACACUGUCACCUUAAAACACAUGCAUGACAUAUAGACACAAACACGAGUGUGCAUGCACACGCCAAUUGAGUGGCCAGAGGCUGAGUUAAGUGAAGUGUUUCACACAUCCAGUGCAAAGUCCAUUAGAUAAAUUGCCCUAAAACUCUGUCCUGACCUCUGUCCACUUCCCUCUGUACCUCCUAGGGCAGCUGUGCGACUGGUGAGGGUGAAAUGUCUCCAACUGAACAGCUUAAAUUGUGUCAGUAUAGGUAAAAAGGCCCUCAGUGCUCGUGAAAUGUCAGCUGUGUUGAAAUGAGUUUUCAGUCUGUUAAAGACAAAGCUCCUGGAGGUAAUGAGAGAAAUCCAAGCAGAAACACGUGGCAGGAAAAGUGGAGAUGAAGCCAGUGACUAAAUUUUUACGAGGUUUAGGAAAGAAAGAAAAAAUAUAAUGAAGUGAAUAGGGGGUGACAUUCUGGGGAACGUGUACCUGUGUACGACCUCCAGGUUUAAAAACCUCCUUAACUGUGGGGCUUGGCUUGGAUCUGAAACUUGAAAGCAACAUAGAAAGCUCAGAAGUAAUCUGAGGAGUUUCUUGCCUCUCUGAGUUUGUUCAUAGUUUGAGAAACAAAGAGAUAAAUGUCUGGAAAUACAGCGUCAUGGUGGAAGCCUUUGAGGUUGAACUUCUUUUUCCUGUCUGCACAAACAUAACUUAAAGGUCACACAGCACUUCGGUCUGAUGCCUGUGAGUGACAGGCAGCUAUGAGGGCAGGCAGACACACUGCUCCCCUAAAUGUUAAUGUUCCCACAUGAAUGACUCUGUAGCAGACUGCACUCUCUCUCUCUCUCUGCCUCCUGCUCACAUUGGUUACACUCUGGUGAUUUUAAAUGUUACAAAAUAAAAUUAUUUCUCUCAGCAGAAAUGAUUUUAAGAUUAAAGCUUGUUGUUGCUUGUACGCCGAUUUGAGGAGUCUGUAAGUGAUGGAGUUAAAUACAGCGUGUUUUAUUUGUUUCUUAUGACAUCUUAUGAUAAUUAUCUCUUAUGCUACCAGUUAUUAGUUCCCCGUUUGCAGAAGUUUACCACUAGAGGGAGCUGUGAUACACUGCACUUCAUUCAACAUACUAUGUGGCUGUCAAAACACUCAAUGAGCAGCAUGCUUGUAGUUCAGUGAGAUUACAUUGACUUGCUGUAAACCCCUUAAAAAGUCUGACAAGAAGCUGUAAAGCCUUUCAGCAUUAAAGCACUGAAAUAGUAUUAUAAAUCUGAACAGUUGCAGCAUUUUCCCAUUGAUUUUCACACUAAUCGCCUGCAAAAUAUAAGCACAAUAAUAAAACCAAGGAGGGCAAAUCAUAUCAAAGACUUGUUUAGAAAAGAAGUGUAUUAUCAGUAAUCACAGA